GGCUCCUGGAAUAGGGUUGGUGAACUUGCCCGUGUCUCUCUCGAGUGUAGGUACGUGCCACUCAGUCCACAGAGCCGAAAGAAGCCCAGCAAGCUGAGUUGACAGAGGUAGAAAAGAAAACAGCAAUGGAGAAGGACGACCAACUAUCUACCUCCAAGUACAGUUCACGGGUUCAGAUUUGUGAGGGAGGAUACAGGUCAAGUGAGGAAUACGUGUAUGUCCGUGGCCGGGGCAGAGGACGAUAUGUAUGUGAAGAGUGUGGAAUACGCUGUAAGAAACCCAGCAUGCUGCGCAAACACAUUCGACUACACACGGACGAUCGGCCUUACGUCUGUCAGCACUGUAACUUUGCCUUCAAAACCAAAGGGAAUUUAACCAAACAUAUGAAGUCAAAGGCUCAUGGGAAGAGGUGUCCAGAGGGAACUGCUCCAGGACCAGUUCAGUGUGAGCUUGAGACACAUGAGGGAGGUGACCUUGAGACGGAUCUGGUGGAGGAGCACCAGUUCUCAGACGCAGAGGAGACAGAUGUGGACGAGGAUGAUGAUGAUGAUGAUGAGGGUGACGGGCAAGCAUCAUGCUCCUCUUCAUCGUCCAAGAGUGCGUCUCUCUCCAGGGAUAAUUCUGGCUCCUGUGACAUCUCGGGCUUUCCAAACCCAGGCUGGGAACAACAUCCAAAUCCGCCUGUCAGUAUGAGCCCCCGAAAACCAAGCCACUAUGGAGAAGCUGCCUCUCCGAAGACCACAAAGUCUAUAGUAACCCUUCGCCACCUGGAACCCACCACAGGGACGUGCUCGUCCCCGUCUCCUGGCCUGCAGAUGUCCCCUGCUUUACCGCAGUCUCCUCAGCGUGACAUGUCCCCUCUGCGCUGUCCCUCUCCGAGACACAGUCUCUUUCCAUCAUCUUGCGUUCCCUCUCGGUCUCCUUUUGAACACACAGCCUCAUCGUCCCCCAUUAGAGCCUCGUCCCCCGUAAAGCCUUCGCCUCACAGCUGUCCACUUGCGCUGACCGUCGGGGCCAGUGUGACGGUUCAGUACCAAACUGAGUCUACUAAAGCCUCACCCAACAGAUUAAAUCUCAAGACCAAACCGGAGAAAACACACAGUCCUAAGAGAAGGACCAACAUGAUGCCUCUGCCACAUGGGCGUCUCUCCAGGAAAGAAGGCCAGCGUGUGUUAAGUCACCUGCCCCUGCACUCCCAGCCCCAGGUGAUGAUUCCCAGUGUCAGCCUCACCAUUCCUAUAGGCGGGAUCCAGAUGGUGCAGCCACGCUCCAACAUGCUCCUCCGAAGCGCUUCUCUGCACCACAGCGUGGCCCAGAUGACGGUCACUGUACUCACGAAGGAGAAAGGGACAGAUGAAGUCCCUCAUCGUAAAAAUCAGCUGAUUGUGUUCACGGAGCCAACGGUGGAGAUGAGCUCUUCCUCCGAUGAAGACAAGGAGCAAAUCCGGGGAGUGGUUCAGUCAGAGCGAGUAUCCAAGGUUCCCGGCGUUCCCAUGACGACCUGGAAGAGUAUCUCUCAAAGAAACCACAGAAAGCAUCCUCGAAGUCCCAAGAAAGCUCAACCGGUAGACGGCUCAAGAACAUCCAUGGACACUAAGUGUUAAAGAUAAAGUUCAGCCAAAAAUGACAAUUCUUUCUUCAUUUUUACAGACCUAAUAAUGACCUAAACCUGCAUGUUUGGCAGAAUCUUCAGUGUUGGAAACGAACAGGGGCUUGGGGCAAAAAUGACACGCAUAGACACAAACCAACACCUACGUCUUCAUCACCCUCUGGCGUAUUCGAUAUGCAGGCAGGAGAAAUAAUAAAACAGGGUUAUUUACAUCGUGUGAGAAGAGAAAGAAUCAGCGAAAGUGUUGCGCUUUUUAUUAGGGCUGUCAAACGAUUCAUCGCAUAUAAAAUAAAAGUUUGUGUUUACAUAAUAUAUGUGGGUGCA